AGAUACGAUGCCACCUGGUUGUUGGUUGCGUGCCACCCAGCCAGCAGCUGAUGGAGCAGGGGCCGUAGGACUAAGAGAGGCAGGAGCAACCUUUGUAGAGUCAUCGGCAUCUGUGGCCACAUUGGCCUCCAUUUCAUCAGUUGCGUCUACAUCGGCUGCAGAUAUGGCAGCGCUCAGAGCUCGUCCCUAUUCGGUAGCACCGUUCAUGGCUGUCUCAGCACCGCCCACACCUCAUCCACAUGCGGCUAAUUCAACAUCCACAGUCCGUACAGCGCCGGCCACACCCAUGCGACGACGCAUCAUCAACGACGACGCCGAGCGGGAUGUUUUAGAGAUGCUUGAUCUAAAUGUUUUCCAGAUGGAGGAGUCACAGCCAUAUCCGAAGUCCAAAUCUCAGCGCAUUUUCUGGCGUAAAGCGUUACGGCGCGUCUUCCAGCGCCGCAAGUGACAUCAGCGGCGGCGUCGACGACGGGACUUGCCCCGUUGGCAUCGUCCCGCCCGUCGCUGCCGGCGUCGCAACCUGGCCGAGCGUGUGCGUCGCAUCUGCGCCUGCUGCUCCUACGGCCAGAUUCUGCUGCGGGCCGCCCGCGUUGCCCUACUCAGCUGCAUCCGUUGGCGAACGCGCGGCAACAUACGCAACAGCAACUUCUAGCAAUCACUAAACACCACAGCCAAUCAGCAACCAGCGACCGACGGCCAGCAAACAGUAACCAGCAACCAACAACCAUCAACCAGGAACCACGGAAAGGCGCUAAUAUGCCUGAUCUACACCUGCUCCCACGUGAACCAAUUUGAAUUAUAUCGUUUAAUGUUAAUGAUGAGAUAUCCAUUCGGUUUAGUUUUUAGAUAUGCCAGGUCUUUAUUUAUUUCCUGUGUUUUACAUCGACAAUUAGACUAUUUUCGUUGGUACAUAAGAAAUUAAACACUGUAUUACUACCUAGACCUACACCCACCCUACCACUAAUCCUGUACAUAGGACAGCCGGCACUUUGCCUGGUCGGUGCUCAUGUCCGUGCCCUUACCCGUACCGUGACCCCAUAAUCGACCAUGCACCAUCCAACUUGUUGACAGAAACCCCCACAACAUGAAUCAUUUAAUCGCAAAGGCCCCAAACAACUAUACAAUAUAUAGAUAAAUGUCUAUUUGUUAGUGUACAUUUAGCCAAGAGGCGAAUCGGUAAAUGUAGCACACGAGUAAAUAGCGAGUUUAUAGCGAACAUAGUUAAUUGAACUAGAGUCCAUUGGUCUGCAAGGGCCGAAAAGGAGUUUUUUUAUUAGCAUAUGUCGAUGGAAAUGUACAUGGGAAAGCAUUCAUUAAUGAGCUGAAAAUAACAAUAAUACAAACGUAGCUAAUUGGUUUAUCCUCGGUUGAGAGACCGUCUGAACAAACUGAUAUCAAGCCACGAGUAGUAGAAGAAAAAGCAAACCAGAACUUCAAGAGCACUACCAACAAAAAAUUAGGUUACAACAGCCACAAGUGAAUCCAAUCUUACAUCUUAAGCGGAACUAAGUAGUAUGCAAAAGAAUAUCAAUGUAGCUGCCACUAACAAAAUAUUGUUCAACAUUUAAUAAUAGCGCAAGAAACACAA